UUUGCCUCUUUCUCUCUUUGUUCAGCCACACUUAAAAAAAUACCAAAAGACAAACAAGAAAAUUUAAAAAAUUAAAAAAGCUAAAACAAAAAGCAAAGAGACAAAGCGAAAACCAUUUUCUGACUACGGAGACCGAUCGAGAACAGUCACAAAAGAGUGAACGACGAGAUGGAGAGAGAGAGAGAGAGAGAGUCAGUGAAGCUUCCUUUUUAGAUUCACUUCAAUUUUCCUGUUCACUGUCAUUUUUUUCACUCUGUGUUUUUUUUUUUUUUUUCUCGCUAGCCAAACAGAUAACAUUUAUUGUGUACGGAUUUUGGAAUUGUAGCAUUGUGAAACAGAUCUUGGUGCUGGAGGUGGUCUGAACUCUGAGGGACUCAGUAGUCAGUACUGCCUUUUGAGACUAAGUUGCGUUCAGAUUUAUACACAAACCCACAUGUAUAUAGCAAAAGUUUUGAUAUUUAGUUACUGGGACCGGUGAUGCAUCCUUCGCUAAUAUGGGGAUGUCUUUGGUGGUGUAUUAUAGUAGGACUUUUUCAUAUAUCCACCCUUUCUUUUACUUCAGGCCUGUACAUAAGUGGAGACGCCAAAUCAUACAACUGGUCACAUGACUUUGGAUUGUUUAUAAGCAAUACAAAAACUUAUGAGGGAAUUCCAACUUUAUCAUUUCUAUCAGAAAAUUUGGUUUCUUGUGAAGACCUAGAAGGUGUUGGAUCAUUUAACACAACAUGUUUGCUAAAUUCAGACUUGCAUUUGGAUUCUGAUCUUUAUAUUUUUGGUACUGGAAACUUGGAGAUACUCCCUCACGUGUCCAUUGUUUGUCCAAUAGAAGGUUGUAUGCUUACAUUUAAUAUGUCUGGCAAUGUUAAGAUUGGUCAACAUGCAAAUAUCAUUGCUGGUUCUGUUAUUGUCUCUGCUUCCGAUCUUACUAUGGAUUAUAGUUCUUCUAUAAAUACAACAUCCUUGGGUGGAUUACCUCCUUCUCAAACUAGUGGUACCCCAGUUGGCUAUGAUGGUUCUGGUGGAGGACAUGGUGGCAGAGGGGCUUCUUGCCUGAAAAGUAAUAAAAGCUUUUGGGGUGGUGAUGUUUAUGCUUGGUCUUCAUUGUCUGAGCCAUGGAGUUAUGGAAGUAAGGGUGGCGGCACAUCUGCUGAGAAUCCAUAUGGAGGUAAUGGUGGUGGACGUGUGAAAAUACUAGUAAAGGAUUCACUAUAUGUAAAUGGUUCUAUAACCGCAGAAGGUGGUGAAGGAGGCUCAACUGUUGGAGGAGGAUCAGGUGGAAGUAUCUUUGUUCAUGCUGUAAAGCUGAAGGGAUAUGGAACUAUAAGUGCAGCUGGUGGAGCAGGAUGGGGUGGAGGUGGUGGUGGAAGAAUAUCUCUGGAUUGUUACAGCAUACAAGAAGAUGUAAAAGUUACAGUGCAUGGCGGUUUGAGUGUUGGCUGUCCUGGGAAUGCUGGAGCAGCUGGCACGUACUUUAAUGCAGAUUUACUUAGUUUAAGAGUUGGCAAUGAUAAUGUCACAACAGAAACUGAAACACCUUUGCUUGAUUUCUCUACCACCCCGCUAUGGUCACAUGUUUUUGUGGAGAAUAAUGCAAAAGUGUUGGUUCCCCUGAUAUGGACUAGAGUUCAGGUGAGAGGCCAGAUUAGUCUGUUAUGUGGAGGGAGCAUUAUCUUUGGAUUGUCAGAUUAUCCAGUCUCAGAGUUUGAGCUUGUUGCAGAGGAACUUUUGAUGAGUGAUUCCAUCAUAAAGGUUUAUGGUGCAUUUAGAGUCUCGGUCAAAAUGUUACUCAUGUGGAACUCCAAAAUUCAAAUUGAUGGCGGUGGAAAUUCUGGUGUUACUGCUUCAAUCCUUGAAGUUAGGAAUCUAGUUGUUCUCAGGCAAAACUCGGUUAUUAGUUCAAACAAAAACUUGGGUCUAUAUGGUCAGGGCCUACUGAGGUUGACUGGUGAUGGUGAUGCAAUCAAAGGCCAGCGGCUCUCCCUUUCUCUCUUUUAUAACAUAACUGUUGGCCGUGGUUCUUUACUCCAGGCUCCAUUGGAUGAUGAUGCUAGUAGAAACAUAGUAACAAGUUCUCUUUGUGAGAGUCAGACAUGUCCAGAGGAUUUGAUUACUCCGCCAGAUGACUGCCAUGUAAAUUAUACACUCUCCUUUUCACUUCAAAUAUGUCGUGUUGAGGACCUUCUUGUGGAUGGCAUGGUGAAGGGAAGUAUAAUUCACAUCCACAGGGCAAGGACUGUAAUUAUUGAUACUUAUGGCCUGAUUACUGCAUCAAAUUUGGGUUGCAGUGAAGGUAUUGGAAAGGGAAACUAUUCAAAUGGAGCUGGUAGUGGCGCUGGGCAUGGAGGGAGAGGUGGCUCUGGAUAUUUCAAUGGGAGAAUGAGCAAUGGUGGCAAUACAUAUGGCAGUGCUAAUCUCCCAUGUGAGUUGGGAAGUGGUGCUGAGGGGCCCAAUCAGUCGUAUGGAAAUGUGGUUGGAGGUGGAAUUAUUGUGAUGGGAUCCAUCCAGUGGCCACUCUUAAUGCUAGAUAUUUUUGGAUCUUUGAGUGCUGAUGGUCAAAGCUUUGGUAAAACAGCAAGAAACGGUAAUGGUUCCGUGAUUGGCGGAUUUGGUGGAGCUUCAGGUGGGACAGUCCUCCUUUUCCUUCAAGAGCUAAGACUUUCUGAGAACUCAUCUUUAUCAGUUGUCGGGGGCAAUGGUGGUGCUCUUGGUGGAGGGGGUGGUGGAGGUGGUAGAGUUCAUUUUCACUGGUCUAAGAUAAAUGUUGGGGAUGAAUAUAUUCCUGUUGCAAGUAUAAGCGGCUCCCUUAACAGCAGCGGAGGUGCUGGGGAUGAUCGUGGUCUUUAUGGGGAGGAGGGCACUAUUACUGGAAAAAAAUGCCCCGAGGGCCUCUAUGGUACCUUCUGCAAGGAAUGCCCUAUUGCGACAUACAAAAAUGUUGAUGGCUCUGAUUCAAAUCUUUGCAUACCUUGUUCACUUGAUCUUCUUCCAAGUCGUGCAGAAUUCAUAUAUGUACGAGGAGGAGUUACUAAGUCAUCUUGUCCCUAUGAAUGUAUAUCUGACAAGUAUAGAAUGCCAAAUUGCUAUACUCCUCUUGAAGACCUGAUGUAUACUUUUGGAGGGCCCUUACCUUUUGCAAUUCUUUUGUCAUGCAUUUUGGUACUUCUGGCCGUGUCAUUGAAUAGUUUGAGAAUCAAAUUGGUGGGAUCAGUUUCUUAUAACCGUACAGAUUCGAUUGAACACCACAGUCAUCGCCACUUCCCACAUCUUCUUUCCUUGUCUGAGGUGCGGGGAACCAGAUCUGAGGAAGCACAAAGCCAUGUCCACCGUAUGUACUUUAUGGGCCCUAAUACUUUUAGGGAACCGUGGCACCUUCCUUACUCUCCUCCCAAUGCCAUCAUUGAAAUAGUGUAUGAAGAUGCUUUCAAUAGAUUUAUCGAUGACAUAAACUCUGUCGCUGCUUAUGAUUGGUGGGAAGGAUCAGUGCAUAGUAUACUUUCAGUGCUUGCAUAUCCUUGUGCCUGGUCCUGGAAACAGUGGCGGCGGAGAUGUAAAGUUCAUCGUCUUCAGGAAUUCGUCAAGUCCGAAUACGAUCAUUCAUGUCUCCGCUCUUGCAGAUCUCGAGCCUUAUACAAAGGGAUGAAGGUUGGAGCAACACCAGACUUGAUGGUAGCAUAUAUUGAUUUUUUCCUUGGUGGUGAUGAGAAGCGUGUAGACAUGGUUUCAUUCAUACAGAAAAGAUUCCCUAUGUGCAUAAUCUUUGGAGGGGAUGGCAGCUAUAUGUCACCUUACAAUAUUCACAGCGAUACAUUGUUAACCAAUCUCCUUGGCCAGCAUGUCCCAGCAACCGUUUGGAAUCGUCUGGUGGCUGGUUUAAAUGCUCAAUUGAGAAUGGUGAGGCAUGGAUCUAUCCGUUCUCAUCUGCUCCCUGUUAUUAAUUGGACAAAUAGCCAUGCAAACCCUCAACUUGAGUUCCAUGGAGUUAAAGUUGAGCUUGGAUGGUUCCAAGCAACAGCUUCUGGCUACUAUCAGCUGGGGAUAUGGGUAGAAGUUGGUGACUUUCCCCUUCGUAAUGUGCAUCAGUCUGAAGUGGCGGGUAGUAGCAAUGAAUCUCCGAGGACUAAUUCAGCAAAUGCAAGUAAAUAUCCUAAGCAGUCUCAGCAAAGCUGGCCAUAUAUGGGUCAAGCAUUAUUUCUUAAAAGAAAAACUGGAGGAGGAAUAAAUGGAGGUCUUAUAAACGACAUUACCUUGAAAUCUUUGGAUUUUAAAAGGGACUAUCUCUUUCCAUUUUCUCUCUUAUUGCAUAAUACAAGACCUGUUAGUCGUCAGGAAACCCUGCAGCUGCUUAUCACUCUCAUGCUGUUGACAGAUCUUUCUAUCACAAUUCUUACAUUGCUUCAGUUUUAUUGGAUUUCUCUUGGAGCUUUCCUUGCUGUCUUGCUUAUACUUCCUCUAUCCCUACUCUCUCCAUUCCCAGCUGGAUUGAAUGCCUUGUUCAGUAAAGAGCCCAGAAGGGCAACACUAGCUCGUGUAUAUGCAUUGUGGAAUGCUACAUCUCUAUCUAAUAUUGCGGUUGCAUUUAUUUGUGGCUUUCUUCAUUAUGGAUUUUCCUCUUUUCAUGACAAGGGCAGUUCAUGGAACACGAGAAGGGAGGAAGAUAGAUGGUGGCUUCUGCCAACCAUCCUUCUAUUGUUCAAGACAAUACAAGCUCGUUUCGUGGACUGGCACAUUGCAAAUUUAGAAAUCCAAGACUAUUCUCUGUUUUGUCCAGAUCCAGAUGCAUUUUGGGCAUACGAGUCUGGGUCAUGAAAGUAAGAGAAAGGCAUUAUAAAAUACUCAUCCAUAUUUGCCUUUUUCGCUAUACUCCGCUGCCAUGAAAGAGCCUUGGAUUAUGCUUUUGGCACAGGAGCCGGCAGUUUUGCAGUGUAAAUAUGUGCAAAGUUGUAUAGAGCAUUGGUUUUGGAGGGGCGUGCAUUUUUUAAUUUUUUUUUAAUUUUUUUUUCAUCCAUUGAAGCUUCGGUGGCCUUUUUAAUAGAUCAGAAUUUGAGUUAGGAAAUUGAUUCGUAGUUAUUUAUUAUUAUUUUUUUCCCCAGGGAUUAUACCACUAUGAAUAUGUUCAUUUUGUUAAUAUUAAACUUAAUUGAUAUUUGAGACU